CCCGCCUGCAGGCAGCCCCGGCAGGAGAUGCGCAGCCCGGCCGGCCGGCGGCUCCGUCCCGGGCACCCCAGGGCCGAGGCUGCCGCUGCCGCUGCCGCGCUCCCGGAUCGCAGGGAGCUGCUGCUGCUGGAGGAAGCGCGGGCGAGGGAUUGGCUUUACCCGUCUGUGGACUCCCUUCUGCCGUGGGGAGCAUGAUGACGGCCAUCCUGGAGCGUAUCAGCACCUUGUCUGUCAGCGGGCAGCAGCUCCGCCGCCUCCCCAGACUCCUGGAGGAAGGCUUCCCCAAGAUGCCCUGCACCGUCGAAGAAUCCGACGUGCCCCAGCUCUUCCGGGAGCCGUACAUCCAGACCGGGUACCGCCCCAUCGGCCAGGAGUGGCGCUAUUACUUCUUCAGCCUGUUCCAGAAGCACAAUGAGGUGGUCAACGUCUGGACUCACCUGCUGGCAGCCUUGGCUGUGUUGCUGAGGUUCAAGGCCUUUGCAGAAGCGGAGGAGCUGUCCUUGGACGUCUCAUCCUGGCCUUUGUUCAUCUUUGUGCUGUCCUCCCUCACCUACCUAACCUGCAGCCUCUUGGCCCACCUACUGCAAUCCAAGUCGGAGCUGUCUCACUACACCUUCUACUUCGUGGACUACGUCGGGGUCAGCGUCUACCAAUACGGCAGCGCCCUGGCCCAUUUCUACUACAGCUCGGACCAAGCCUGGUACGACAGGUUCUGGCUCUUCUUCCUCCCUGCGGCUGCCUUCUGUGGCUGGCUCUCUUGUGCUGGCUGCUGCUACGCCAAGUACCGGUACCGGCGCCCCUAUCCCCUCAUGAGGAAGAUGUGUCAGGUGAUCCCAGCAGGGCUGGCGUUCGUCUUGGACAUCAGCCCAGUUGCACACCGGGUGGUCAUGUGCCACUUGGGGGGCUGCGAGGAGCAGGCUGCCUGGUACCACACCUUCCAGAUACUCUUCUUUCUAAUCAGUGCUUAUUUCUUUUCCUGCCCAGUCCCCGAGAAGUAUUUCCCGGGCUCCUGUGAUAUAAUCGGCCACGCCCAUCAGAUCUUCCACAUGUUCUUGGCCCUUUGCACGCUCUCGCAGCUGGAGGCCAUCUUCCUGGAUUACAAGAUCAGGCAGGAGAUUUUCCGGAGUAGACAUGGACCCCUCUCCAUCUACCUGUCCUGUGCCUCUUUCUUUGGCCUGGUGGCCUGUAGUGCCGUCACGGCUCACUUCCUGCAGUGCAGGAUCAAAGCGGGGCUGGCUAAAAGAGACUCCUGAGAGGCCAUUGCAAAGACUAGAGAGACACUGACUGGCUGGUACCAAUUCAGUGGAAACCAGCGGUGGAUCAUUUAUAGAGAUAUAACAAAUUGGUUUGUUUGCAUAACAGUUUGUCUAAUUGAUAACUGAGGGAUGGGUCGCAGGCUGGAGUCGCUCUAUGAGAGCCCUUCUGUCUAAAGUGUUUUUACUUGAGUGGCUGCCCCUUGCAAAGCAGGGUGUUUUUUUAAGCCCGAUUGGGGCACUUAACCAAGGAUGCUUGGAUUAGGCGGAGGUUUCUAGUUUGUUCCCCGCUAGUAAAUCUGCAGGGAAUAUUACAUUGAAUAUCAGGAAAACCUGAGGGUCAUUAAACUGUAAAGCAGUCUCCUAGGGGAAGCACAUGGCUAGAGUAAUUUAAGACUUUACAAAGCACAGGAGACUGUGCAGUGUGGAUCAGUCCUGCAGCGGCAGGGAACAUAGACAAGAUGACCUACUAGGUCUUUUCCAUCUCUGCUAUACCAGGGCUUGAUCCUGCUCCCAUUUAAGUCAAUAGCAAAAUUUCAGCAGGAGCAGGAUUGGGCCAUAUGAGUCUAAAUUUUCAGGGUGUAGCUGCAGAGGUCUGGGUGGCCCAGUACUAUGUAACGUACAGCUGCACAAGCCCUUUAUAUAUCUCCAAGUUAGAUUCUUGUGACUCGUGUUCUCUCAGCUCUUCCUUCCAGAAAUAAAUCAUGCCAGGUUCUUAGGAUAACUUUGCCAAAUCUUUGUUGUGGAGAUGGGUCUGGACCAAAACUCUAGAUCCAUCUAUCCCCAGACUUUGGGGAUUUUCCAGACCAGAUCAGAACUUCGUGCGUCGGGCCCCUCUCUGCUUCACUCUCUGACUCUGACCCAGGUUUUCUUCCGGGAAACACCUGACCCAGUGAUGAUGUGAGUGAAAUUCCCGCUUCUGUCACUGGGAGAUUUCACCAUGGGUGUUUAUAGAAAUUCAGUACCAGGGCUGCUCAUGAAAAUUUAAAACAACGAGGUGGUCUCUCUCAGGGGUUGGUAAUGGGAUAUGGAGCCUUUCCCUAGUACAUCUGUUGUUUGAAUCCAGCCUGGGUCGGCAGUGAUGCUGGUGACUGUUUGGUGGCUUGUAUCAAAUGAGUUUGCGCUCGUAGCUCAGUUACUGGUGGAGCAAAGAGAACAAAGAGCAGUGCUCUUUGAUGGGGCAUUUUGGAGAAGCUGGCAUUUGCUAUAGCCUGUGUUGUACUUAUGAGGGUAAACAGAGAUCUUCAAGGUUGGGAGUCUGCCACCUUUCAUCAAUGCUAAAUAACAUUAGAGAUUAAAACGUAAUCGCUGGAGAAAAAACUGUGUGUGUUGGGGGGGAAGCAAAAUGUACACUCGUUCUCCCUUCGAUGAUCCCGCCUGGUGUCCCCUAAUGUCUGUUGUACUCAGAGCAAAAUUCUUCUUCCAUUUGCACUGCAGAUUUCUGUUGAAUAUUCGACUCCGACUGAUGCCAGUGGAGUGGACGUACCAUAAGGAACAAUCCCACCCUGGCAGAGGAAUGGACGGAUGGUGUAAUAGGCCUUUGCCCUCUGCUGCGGGAGCGAGCUGGCAGCGGAUCAUAUGGAUCUAGGGCAGUGCGUAACCCUGACACUGUAGUAUAGCCCUCCUGUAAUAUGGAAAUGAAGGUAGCAGACAGUUGCAUAUUUCAUGCUGAUGGUUAUGGAUCAGUCCCUUUUACCGUCCCAAAUGAAUUACAAAGGUUUGGGUUGCUUAGAAUGAAUCCACCAACUGGAUAAGUCUCUUCUUCGUCUAGUUGAGUGGGAAGUAGGCGACUGGAGGCCAGGAGCCGGAUCUCCAGCUGGUGUGAAUUGGAAUGACUGCACUGAAGUCAAUGGCGCUUACGUCAGCUGUCCAGGAGGCUCCGACUAAGUACAGUCCUCACAGGCCUAACUGGUAAGCACAUGUCUUGUCCAUUCUGUCCUCUCCCAGUGUUAAAUCCCAGUUCCCUUGUAGUAGAUUAUACCACUGCACCACCCAUGUGUCCUGUGCAAUAUCUUCACACCCAACUGGUCUGGUCAUCCCCUGGUGUAAAUCCCCAUUGACUUCAGUGGAGCAACGCCGAUUUACUCCAGCAGAGGAUCUGGCCUAUCAAAUCCAAGCAAAACUGGAUUAUUUGAGUGAGUUGAAACUGACCUUGGAAGUGAGUCUUAGAGAUGUGACCAAAGGAGCUUUAGUGUUUGGUCUGGUUUGGGGGAUUUUUGAACUCUUUUUUGUGUGUGUUACAACUCCCAGAAGGGCUCUGUUUUGCUUUGAUGUUAGCAAACUCUUUUGCAGGGGUGAAGGUCAGUCAGGGAGGGAAAUGGUUGGCUGGUGGAGGGGAGCAGUAGACAAUGGCAGCUGCGGAUGCCUGGAUUCUUUGAAAACCAAGCCACUAAUUUAGGUGCCUUUCUGUGGAUAAGUGCCUACAUCUGGGCACCCUAAUCUGAAACUACUGGCCUUAAUGACAAGUUAAAUACCUUUAUGGAGGUCGGGGGGAGGGGAUUGGCUCAAGGGGGAUUAUGCUAAUAGGAUACAGAGGCUGUGAACUGUGCGUUCCUGAUUCAAAUUCAGCCCAGGUUGCUAACGAUACAAAUAUGUUUUUAUGAGAGAGCUGCUCGGGGGCCUUUGUAAAAUUACUUGUUGGUCUCUUGUCAGUUUUGGGGAAGAGUCCAUCAGAGCGGAUUUUCUUCUUUUGCCUUGUUUACACUCUAAAGUUGAACCACUGUAAUUGCAUUGGGUUAAAGCAGUACAAGCCCUCUAGUGUGGAUGCAAUUAUAGAGGUGUGAAUGUGUUUCUGUAUAGGAAUGGGAAUAAAGUAUUCUGGUAUAAGCAUCUUUGUACAAUGUAACUGUAUCUACGCUGGAAGUUGUACUGGUAUAACCAUAACAUCCCUACCCUAAAUACUUCGUUAUGCUGGUACGAAAUCUUUGUGUAGCCCAAGCGUUAGCUCCUCCAAAGGAUUUAAACUAGGCUGCACACUGUGUCCCACAGAGGAAGAUACACACCAACCCAUGCCAUCUCCGUGCAAGUGUUUGCAAACCACAGAGGACAAGAAUGUGCAUCGCUCUCAAUGGAAGGACUGAGCCUGAUGCUUUCCGUGACCCUAUAUCGCCACCUACUGGUGUCACAAAGCAACUUAUUUUUUCCUGUUACCUUUCCUCCCAGGUUGUUUUUUUUCAGUGUCCCUAUGUUAACUCUCAGCCUGAGCGGUUACCCCCAUUCACCCCUGCAAAUGAGACCAGUAACUGACCUCCUGGGGGAAUGAUGGGGCUGACUUUGCAGGGAAAUACUGACCAACGCUGCUUUUCAGAUAACGUCCUAAGGACACGGGGUGCUUCGUCAACACUGGAGUUAGUGCCAUCUCUGCCGUCCUCCUCCCAGUGAGAGACCCAGUCUUGUCAAACCCUCCCUCUUCCCAAGUUGUCUUGUACUCGUGCCUUACACAGCUGGCUGGAGAUUGCUUAUGCGGACCUUGUAUGUGUGCACUCCUGGGCUGGCUAGAACCAGCAAGCCGCUGACGGUGCUACGCUAAACCCAAUGGAGUCAUCGAGAGUCUUGCCUUCGACUUCACUGUGGGUUGUCCCUAAGAGGACGUAAAUGCCGUCAUGUUCGGCUGUCAGCCUGUUACUCCUGUCACAGCUCCCACGCGGCCACUUGCAACUGGUCUUUCUCCUGCUCCUAGAGUCCUUUGCACUGGGUCUAGGGCCCCGCACAAGAGGCUCAGCCAGAACUGAUGCAGUGGUUCGUAGGGCAUCUGAUGAUGACCUGGGUGCAAGAGGUUGAGUACGUCAGCUUCAGCAGGUUGGCCAUGGGAAACGGGGUCACAAACCUCCUUGGGGGACAUGACCCUCAGGUGGAGACCAAGGGCCAAAUCUUGAACAGGUGUGGAUCAGUGUUUCUCAUUGGAACUAGGUUGAUUAACACCAGCUGAGGAUCUGGUCCAGCGUGUAUUACGCUGCUCACUCUUCGGACUUACUCACUGGGAAUAAGCAGGUUAGAAGCAACACUUUGCCAUCUGCAGCCUCAUGAUUACACUUACUGGUUGAUUUUUUUACCAGGAGAGCUGCUUUGGUAUUGAGGGUGAAGGCAGAGGGGGUCAGUUAACCAUGAAUUUACUUUGAGUGCUUCAUGUAGCAGAACAGGGGUGCAUGCUUCAGGCUACACGUGUGCCUUGGUAUUUACAUCUCGUGCUGGCUGGCUUUUAAAAGCAUUGCUUCCUACUAAACAUGAGUAGUGAGUUUUGCAUCUUUUUCUUUGGGAGCGCGGGAGGGGUGUGAGUAUUAUGCACCAACCAUCCCCCAACUUUCUAUUGUUGAGACCACUGAAAACUUUGUACUGUAUUGACAGCUGUUCAAAAUCCUCAGUAAUAAAAUCUAUAAAAGCAAGACGAAGGGGUGCAACGUGAAACGUGUAACUCCACCAACAAAAGGAGGAAUGUGAUGGUCAUGGCUGUAAGUUGUUCAGCAGAAAGUUUGGCCUUAAACAGUUGAUAAUAAAUAAUAAUAAUCAUAA